AUGAAGUAAUAUAAAACAUUUAUAUAAAUUAAACCACAAAAAUAUCAAUACGCCUUAAAUUUUAUUAAAUUAGAUUUUUAAUAUCUAAAUAUUAUCAAAAUUUUACAUACUAAAUUAGAUUUAACAUUCCAUUAGCUAUGUCUCGACGAAACGAGGAUUUUGAUGAAUUUUGUGAUCCCGAAAAUCCAAAAGUAAUCAAAUAUCAAGAUAUAAUAGAUGCCGCAAAUCGAAUAAGGCCUCACAUUAUCAACACCCCGUGCUUGGCUUCCCAUUUCCAAAAAGAAUUUACUAUGCACUUAUAUUACAAAUUGGAAUUCCAACAACAAUCUGGAAGUUUCAAGGAAAGAGGUUCAUUGAAUGCACUGCAGCUACUCCCUUUGGAUAAGAAAAAGAUAGGGGUGGUCGUAGCUUCUGUUGGUAAUGAAGCCGCAGGACUCUGUUAUUAUGGUGCUAAAAUGAAUGUACCCGUAAUAGUAGUAAUGCCUAACUGUGUACCAAUUGCUAAACUUCAAAAGUAUCACAACCAUGGAGCCAAGGUGAUGGUUCAAGGUGGCAAUCUAAUGGAAGCACAGAGAUACGCUCGUGCAAUCGCACGAGAUAAAGGAUUGACUUACAUAAACGGACGUGACCAUCCGCAUAUCCUAGCCGGGUACGGUACCAUAGCAUUGGAGAUUCUGGAUCAAAUGCCGUAUGUGGACGCAAUAAUUGUACCGGUUGGCAGCGGAGGAUUGGCUGCAGCAAUCGCCACUGUGAUCAAACAUGUCAAACCUCGCUGCCUUGUCUAUGGAGUACAGACUGAAGCCAUGCCGGUAUUUUUUAAAUCGCUUGAGGACGGUAGCCCUGUAACAGUACCAGGACAGUCAACCCUUGCCGACUCCAUUGCUGUACCAAAUGCUGCUGUCAACGCUUUACAUAACGCUCGUCCUCUUUUAGAUAAAAUGUUACUUGUUAACGAGGAAUGGAUCGCUCGUGCGAUGUUGCAUUUAGUAGAAAAAGAGCGAUUUGUGGUUGAAGCGGCUGGAGCAUGUCCACUGGCUACAAUCAUUGGAAAUCUUGUUCCUGAGCUCAAAUUAAAAAACGUAGUUUGCAUUCUGAGCGGCGGUAAUGUCGAUAACCUACUACUGGUGGGAAUAAAAAACAACCCUAUGGAAAAUUCUCAGCUACUGAAGCUUCUCGCAAAUGGAGGAUACAACUUGGUGCGAUUAUUUAGAGACAAUUCAUGGGUUGAAGACGAUACUUAUAGCAUUGAGGUUAAACUUGUUUGUGAAACACGAAACCUGGAGCAUGCUUUGGAACUGAAAAGGAUAAUAGAGAGAGCGUAUCCAUGUACUUCUCUUUUUGAAACUGAGCCUUUCAAUGACAAAAGAAUCUGCCCAUGCUAUGUCAGAAACUCAGGAAGACCUGUAACUUGUAAAGUGUAAUUAAUAUAAGUAGGUACGUGUACUAAUUAAAUAUUUUCAAUUUAAAUAAUUCUGGGUAUGUAACUCAGUUGUUAGCAUAGCAGGCGUAUUAUAUUUGUAUCCAAUUAAAAUUAUUAG